GCCAUCAACCUCUGCUUGUCCAGACCUCACUUGUCCCGACUAUUCCCCCGCAGACACCGCACGCAUGCUUUCACAGCUCGAUCAAUUCCGGCGGCUUAUACCACUUUAUUGAGCACCAAUCCUGCCACAGCUCCACCGCCUCCGUGUCUCACGAUUGACAAUUUGCUUCACGGAUUACGUGUAACCGAGUUUGUUUCCGCAGACGGGCCGGACAAUGGCUUCAGGCCAGGAGAAUGGUUUCUACGCUGGUCAGUUCAUGAACCCGGGUCCUGCACCUCGUCCUCCGACAGAUAGACCUCGACACCUGGACUUGGGACGCUCGGCCACCUCUAUCCCUACCACGAGCUUCGAAUCCAUGUCUAUUAAUGGCCCUAAUUCGCCGUCCGUCGCCACACCCAGUGCCCCUUUCUUCUCUAAUGGAAGCUCUCUGUCGCUCGCAGGAAGUGGAAAGACUUCAGGACCGGUGACAAUAAUAAAAGAAGGACAUGUGCGUUGCAAAGAGGACAAAUUCCUGGCACAAUGGAACCAAAGAUACCUCAUCCUUCGAGAGUUCAGGUUGGACUUUUUGAAGAGCGAGAAUGGGAAGCUGAUGCAGUCUAUUCAGUUGAAUACAGUGACUGGGGUGACGCGCUCGGAGGAUACCCGUAUGGCGUUCGAGAUCAUUCGGAUUGCCAAUCCCAAAGACGCGACCGGCAAAGUCAUCAUGGCCCGAGACCUGCCUACGAGGACGAUCACUUGUGAGGUUCGGAACGAUGACGAAAUCUACGACUGGAUCGAUAAGAUCUACGAGCGUUGUCCUGGGAUGGGAGGUGUCAGUAACCCGACCAAUUUCAGUCACCGCAUCCAUGUUGGCUUUGAUCCCCAAACAGGUGGCUUUGUCGGGUUACCUCAAGAGUGGGAAAAGCUGCUGAACAAUUCUGCAAUUACGAGAGAUGACUACAAGAAGAAUCCCCAGGCCGUCAUUGAGGUGCUGCAGUUUGUUUCGGAUCAAAAGAUGCGGGAGCAGCAUCCUGAGAUGUAUACCCCUGGCAUGGUUACACCUGCUGCAACUGAACCCAACAAACAGCUUGGGUAUCCUGCUACCGGAACCACUGUAGCUCCUCCAAGGCCUGCACCUCCUACUGAUGCACAACGAUACAACGCUAACCAGUUCAUGAACAAAUACCCCGAAGGUCCAGCACGAGCCGCAACUCCUCCCAGUAAACCGCUGCUACAACGGUCCCAAACCGACAAAGGGUCGUAUGAUAUGGAAGCCGAUGCUGCACGUAUCAAGGAAAUUGCCAACCAAGAGCAAAAGCGUCUUCAGAUGGAAGCAGAGCAGAAGCGCGUACGGGAACUAGAAAAGCGACGAGAGCAGGAGCGAGAGGAAGCCGAGAGAAACCGUCGAGAACAAGAUUCUUACAACGCAUCGCUACCCAAGGCCCGUCCACCAAUGGCACAAACAGAGCUCGGAGGCUUUGGACCCAACAGACAGGAUCCUAGGUUCAAUCCCGCCAGAGCUGCUCCCAGUGCUCCUCAGCAAUCCGCUUCAGGACUCCCGAGACCGCAACAGCAGCAACAACAGCCAGUUGCACAUAGACCGGCCCCUUCCGCUCCCUCUACGAGCGCUUCCCAGAAAACGAUUCCCCAGUCUGCUUCUGCCGGUCAAGCCUCCCUACGAUCGCCUGACAGCCGAGACCGGGAGCGACAGCCUUCGCCAAAUGCACGGUACCAGGCAGACACGCCCAGUAAGAAUGGUGCAGCCAAACAACAAGCUAAUGGAGCCAAUGGCCAAUCUCCAAGCCGAUCACAAGGUUCUGUGCAGCAGCCAAAACCCUUGAACGUUGCCAAACAACCACCAGUCAAGGCCCCGGUAGAUGCUCGAAAAGAAGCCGAAAUUGCACUCACCGCGAAGAAGCCUGUGGAAGAGCGGGCAAAAGAGGUUAGAAUGUCAAGCAUGAGCGAGAGCGAGGUCAUGGCCAAGCUCAAGCAGGUGGUCUCCAAAGAUAACCCCAACGAGUCAUACAGCAAGCAGAAGAAAAUCGGUCAAGGAGCUUCUGGCUCAGUCUACGUCGCGAGAGUAAGAGAAAGUGCUACCUCCGCUGUUGCACGAGAGAUCUACCGGACUCAUGGCCCCAAAGGUCAAGUUGCCAUUAAGCAGAUGGAUCUCCGAAACCAGCCGCGCAAGGAGUUGAUCGUCAACGAGAUUAUUGUCAUGAAGGACUCGAAACAUCCCAACAUCGUCAAUUUCCUCGACUCGUUCCUGCAAGAACAAAACAACGAACUGUGGGUGGUCAUGGAAUUUAUGGAGGGAGGUGCUCUCACCGACAUCAUCGACAACAACCCUGUCAUCACAGAAGAUCAGAUCGCCACCAUUUGCUUCGAAACCUGCAAAGGUCUUGCCCAUUUACACUCUCAAGACAUUAUUCACCGAGACAUCAAGAGUGACAACGUGUUACUCGACCGUGUCGGUAACGUCAAGAUCACCGACUUCGGAUUCUGUGCCAAGCUCACCGAAUCCAAAAGCAAGCGAGCAACAAUGGUUGGAACGCCGUACUGGAUGGCCCCGGAGGUGGUCAAACAGAAAGAGUACGGUCCCAAAGUCGACAUCUGGUCUUUAGGUAUCAUGGCCAUUGAAAUGAUCGAGUCAGAACCUCCCUAUCUCAACGAAGAGCCUUUGAAAGCGCUUUUCCUGAUUGCCACGAACGGCACACCGCGCCUGAAGAAUCCCAACAAGUUGUCGCGUGAACUCAAGGCGUUUUUGAGCGUCUGUCUCUGUGUGGAUGUUAGAAGCCGAGCCAGUGCAGAUGAAUUGUUACGAAACGACUUUAUGCGUAUGGGCUGCAGUCUGCCCAGUCUGAGCGAGUUGCUGAAAUGGCGGGAAAAGGGGCGACAAUGAUUUGUUAAUGGGAAUCAUUGAAUUAUUGAGACCUCUUUUGCCUUUGCAAGGGUUCGGGCGCGGCUUUGUUUAUGGAUGGACACAUUGGGGCGCAGGAGUGGACUGGACGCACUCUUGUGAUUGCAUUACGUUGAGUUGUUGGCUCCAGGUAUUGACAGUCAUGAGGUUGGAUAUCUGUGGAUGCUUGGAUCUGGAAUCGAACUACUGUAUACGGAGCUGCAAGAUUCGAAAGAGCAUGAAUACUGUCGGCCAGUCAGGGACGUUUUGCCGCUGUGUAGCUGGACUUGCAUGCAUAUCGUCAUGUAA